UCUGAGUUUUAGGUGUCUCACUCACAAGAGCGCGCACUCAUGACAAGUGCGCGCCAUCACCACAACUCAUGAUGGUUCAGCGCGACGUCCUUUUGCAGGCCACCCGAAUUCUCCUCUUCCUCCUCCUCCUCUUUUUCGCCACCUCGCACGGUGAAUCAGAUAGCAAUGUCCUCCUCAAGUUCAAAGCCUCCCUUGAAAACACAGCCGCCCUGGCCAAUUGGACCGCCUCCAAGCCCCCAUGCAGCGGUUGGAAAGGCGUCUUGUGCGACCGUGGCCAAGUGUGGGGCCUGAAGCUCGAGAAUAUGGGCUUGCAUGGCGUGAUCGACGUUGAAACCCUAGCCAAAUUGCCCACUUUGAGAAGUGUGAGCUUCAUGAACAAUGAUUUCAGGGGCUCCGUGCCCAACCUCACGCACCAUAGCGCGCUAAAGACCGUCUUUCUGUCUAACAACAAGUUUUCUGGUGAGAUCCCGAACAAUGCCUUCUAUGGGAUGCGGUCGUUGAAGAAGCUUCACUUGGCUAACAACAAGUUCUCCGGCCCAAUACCGGCUACGUUGGCAAAGGUGCCUAGGUUAGUAGAAUUGGCGCUAGAAGACAAUGAGUUUGAAGGAGAAAUACCCAAUUUCCAGCAGAAAGGAUUGAUAAAAUUCAAUGUAUCAAAUAAUAGAUUGGCUGGCCAAAUCCCUCAAGGCCUCAGCCGUCUACAUGCUUCCUCGUUUUCUGGAAACAAAGAGCUGUGUGGAGCGCCGCUUGAAUCAUGCUCCGCAAACAACGACGAGAGCUUCCAGCGCCUUUUCUCAGGUGUCGGGGCAGCCCUCGUAUCCCUUUUAGGAGUUUGCAUCUUCCUUAUGUGUCACAAGAAACAGCAAGGAGGCAGCCCGGAGUUGAACCGAAUGGAAAGAGGCAUCGGAAGUGCAUCGCCCGAAGGCGGGAAGCCAAGCGGGAGGCUGCUGACUUUCCUGAAAGAAGAUACGGAGAGGUUCGACAUGCAGGAGCUGCUGAAGUCGUCGGCCGAGAUUCUAUGCAGCAGCGUGUUCGGAUCGACAUACAAAGCGGGGCUCAAGGGGAAGAAGAUGACUGUCAAGAGAUUCAAGCACAUGAACCAAGUGAGCAAGGAAGAUUUCAACGAGCACAUGAGGAGGCUCGGUCGCAUCAACCAUCGCAAUGUGCACUCUAUUCUCGCCUUCUACUACAAGAAGGAGGAGAAGCUCUUCGUAGCCGACUUUGUCCACAACGGUAGUCUCGCCGCUCCAAGACACGGAAAUCAAUCACUGGAGUGGAGGACGCGGCUGAAAAUCGUGAAAGGGGUGGCGAAAGGGCUUCUCUACCUGCACAACGAGCUACCCAGCCUCUCUCCGGCACACGGCCACCUCAAGGCAUCCAACGUGCUCCUCGACGCCGACUUCAACCCCGUCCUCACCGACUACAGCUUAAUCCCCAUCCUCAACAAAGACCAUGCAAAACACCACAUGAUCGCCUACAAGUCGCCUGAGUACAAGGAAACCGGCAAACUCACCAAGAAAACCGACGUCUGGUGCUUCGGACAUUUGAUUCUCGAAAUCCUCACCGGGAGACCCUCCACCAUAGACCAACAGCCUGAUGUCAACCUCGCCACCUGGCUGGAAACCUCCGGCAGUGGUGCAUCGGUGUUUGAUCAGGAUAUGGCCGUCACGGGUGACAUGAUGAAGCUGUUGAAAAUAGGGUUGAGCUGCUGCCAGGCCAGAGUUGAGAGGCGGCCAGAGAUUAAAGAGGUGGUGGAGAUGGUGGAGGAGAUCAAAGACAAGGAAUUUGAUGAUGAUCUCGUAUCAUCAUACGCCAGCGAAAGUGACAUGCGACCAUCAAGAGGAUUAUCUCAGGAUUUCAAAUCCAUCAAUUUAUAGAUCACUAAAUUUACUUACAUUGAUAGAUAUUCUCAUUUGCUCUUGUAAUAUUUAUCGAUGCUUAAAUUUUUGAUCUAGUGAUUGAUUUGUAUUCUUAACUGGGAAAAUCUGUUUGGAAAUGAUGU